CGGAGAGCUUAGGCGCAUCAACCAUGGUUCGUCUUUCCGCACUCCUGCUAGCCCUAGGGCUCUACCUCAGCUUCCCCACGGAAAGCGAAGGGAAAUCGGUGUUUAAGGACGAAGGACUGGUUGAAUAUUUCUUACACGGAAUCAUCGACAACUUUAUCAACUAUGAGGUGAUUAGAGCAGAGAAAGAGCAAGAGGUGUACGACAGCUUCAACGAACUCAUUAAGACCGCUCGGAAGAGCCCGAAAGCGAAUAAGAUAAAGCAUGCAGUCGCUUCGAAAAUAGCAGAAGUUAUUACCGAAGCCGCAGAAGGCGGCGGAAACAUCAACUAUAUUAUGGACAACGCAGUGCAGGCUAUAGCUCAAGCAUACGAAGCAAGUGUAGGAACAGUGGAUGACAAUUUUCUGGACAGCAUACGUGAAAUGGUUACGGUAAUGUACAACAACGACGUUGAAGAUGAAAUCAAAGAAAGAGAGGAAGCAGAGAUCCUCGAAGAGGAAGAAGCUAUGGCUAUGGAGGCCCAAAUCUUAGCAGAAGAGCAAGCCCAACAACAAGCAGAAGAGCAAGCACAACAGCAAGCAGAAGAGCAAGCACAACAGCAAGCAGAAGAGCAAGCACAACAGCAAGCAGAAGAGCAAGCACAACAGCAAGCAGAAGAGCAAGCACACCAGCAAGCAGAAGAGCAAGCACAACAGCAAGCAGAAGAGCAAGCACAACAGCAAGCAGAAGAGCAAGCACAACAGCAAGCAGAAGAGCAAGCACAACAGCAAGCAGAAGAGCAAGCACAACAGCGAGCAGAAGAGCAAGCACAACAACUAGCACAACAGCAAGCGCAACAACUAGCACAACAGCAAGCACGGCAACAAGCACAACAACAAGCAGAAGAGCAAGCACGGCAACAAUCACAACAACAAGCACGGCAACAAGCACGACAACAAGCACAACACCAAGCACAAGAGCAAGCACGGCAACAAGCACAAGAGCAAGCACGGCAACAAGCACAACAGCAAGCACAAGAGCAAGCACGGCAACAAGCACAACAGCAAGCGCAACAACAAGCACGUCAGCAAGCACGACAACAAGCACAACAGCAAGCACGACAACAAGCACAAGAGCAAGCACGACAGCAAGCACAACAGCAAGCACGACAACAAGCACAACUUCAAUCGAAAAAUGAAAUCACAACAGACCAGAAAACGAUAUCCACCAUUACAACUACAACAACAACAAACGUCAAUGAAUAUCAAGGAGGCUCAGCCAGUGCUUUACAAAGCAACGGAAUACAAGAAGAAAUGUCUUCAUCGGAAACGGAAUCUUCUGAAAUGGAAGCAUUUGAAGAAAAUUUAAUCAGCGACUCCGAACAAGAAGAAGUUCAGAGUUACGUUGCAGAAAGCACGGCGCGAAAUCAAAUUGAAACAGAUCAAGCAUAUCAAACUGCAGAGGCAUACAACACCGCUGCGCAAAGUAUCCAGUCACAGUCUGAAGAAAGUUAUGGUAGUGCAGUUAAUUCCGCUUCAACUGCGGCACAGGUGUCUUCAAGCACAACUGAGACAUCUUCAGCAUCCAGCUCUAUAUUGCAAUCGCAGGCAGCUGCUGCUUCAUCUUACCAAAGUGCUGCCAGCUCUGCAUCGCAGCCUUUUUCAUAUAUUGCGAACUACAAUUCUUUCCAAAGCACGCUAGUUAGACUUUUUGGGUCUUCCAGUUCAUUUAGUUCCAUAAACACUCAAGUAAUCUCUGCAUCUGAUGUUAAAAACGUAAUGAGUAGCGUUUUAAGCAGUUCAGGAAUUUCCGGUUCAGCCAUUCAAAACGCGAUGAGUAGAAUAAAUCUGAGUGCUGGAUCACCGAUUUCAUCUUAUGCUCAAGCUAUUUCUUCGGCAGUAACGUCUGCAGUGCAACAGAGUAAUGUUCUAUCUUCAGGACAAGAGCAGAGCAUGGCUAGUACAAUUGCAUCACAAAUGAUACAAAGUUUGGUUCAAAUGUCUGCACAGAGAUCACGGUCAAUUGCACCACUUCCAGCUCCUGUUCCGAGACCAGCUCCUCUUCCCAGACCAGCCCCUCUUCCGAAACCAGCCCCAAGACAGCUUCCCGCACGUCGUCCAAUCCCGGUGCAAAUGCAACAGUCACAGGUUACCAAGACGCAGGCUGCUACUGCAUCUUACCAAAGUGCCGCAAGCACUGCAUCACAGGUCUCUUCAAGCGCAGCUCAGACGUCAUCAGCUUCUAGCUCGAUGAGUGCCUCUUCAUACACGGCAAACUACAAUUCUUUCCAAAGCUCGCUAAUUCAACUUUUCGGAUCUUCUAGCUCAUUUAGCUCCCUUAACACUCAAGUAAUCUCUGCAUCUGAUGUAAGAAACGCAAUGAGUAACGUUUUACGCAGUUCAGGAGUUUCCGGUUCAGCCAUUCAAAAUGCUAUGAGUAGAAUAAAUCUGAGUGCUGGAUCAUCGAUCUCAUCUUAUGCUCAAGCUAUUUCUUCGGCAGUAACGUCUGCAGUGCAACAGAGUAAUAUUCUAUCUUCAGGACAAGAGCAGAGCAUGGCAAGUACAAUUGCAUCACAAAUGAUACAAAGUUUGGUUCAACUGUCUGCACAGAGAUCACAGCCAGUUGCACCCCUUCCAGCUCCUGCUCCGAGACCAGCUCCUCUUCCCAGACCAACCCCAAGACCCCUUCCCGCACCUCGUCCAAUUCCGGUGCCAAUGCAACAUUCACAGGUUACCCAGCCGCAGGCUGCUACUGCAUCUUACCAAAGUGCCGCAAGCACUGCGUCACAGGUCUCUUCAAGCGCAGCUCAGACGUCGUCAGCUUCUAGCUCCAUGAGUGCUUCUUCAUUUACGGCAAACUACAAUGCUUUCCAAAGCUCGCUAAUUCAAAUUUUCGGAUCUUCCAGCUCAUUUAGCUCUAUUAACACUCAAGUAAUCUCUGCAUCUGAUGUAAGAAACGCAAUGAGUAGCGUUUUACGCAGUUCAGGAGUUUCCGGUUCAGCCAUUCAAAAUGCGAUGAGUAGAAUAAAUCUGAGUGCUGGAUCAUCGAUCUCAUCUUAUGCGCAAGCUAUUUCUGCGGCAGUAACAUCUGCAGUGCAACAGAGUAAUGUUUUAUCUUCAGGACAAGAGCAGAGCAUGGCAAGUUCGAUCGCAUCACAAAUGAUACAAACUUUGGUUCAACUGUCAGCACAGAGAACUCGCCCUCCAGCACCUCUUCCAGCUCCUGCCCCAAGACCAGCCCCCAGACCCAUUCCUGCACCUCGACCGAUUCCGAUGCCAAUGCAACAACCGCAGGUCUCCCAGUUGCAAGCUACUGCUGCAUCUUACCAAAGUGCCGCAAGCACUGCAUCACAGGUCUCUUCAAGCGCAGCUCAGACGUCGUCAGCUUCUAGCUCGAUGAGUGCUUCUUCAUACACGGCAAACUACAAUUCUUUCCAAAGCUCGCUAAUUCAACUUUUCGGAUCUUCUAGCUCAUUUAGCUCCAUUAACACUCAAGUAAUCUCUGCAUCUGAUGUAAGAAACGCAAUGAGUAGCGUUUUACGCAGUUCAGGAGUUUCCGGUUCAGCCAUUCAAAAUGCUAUGAGUAGAAUAAAUCUGAGUGCUGGAUCAUCGAUCUCAUCUUAUGCUCAAGCUAUUUCUUCGGCAGUAACGUCUGCAGUGCAACAGAGUAAUAUUCUAUCUUCAGGACAAGAGCAGAGCAUGGCAAGUACAAUUGCAUCACAAAUGAUACAAAGUUUGGUUCAACUGUCUGCACAGAGAUCACAGCCAGUUGCACCCCUUCCAGCUCCUGCUCCGAGACCAGCUCCUCUUCCCAGACCAACCCCAAGACCCCUUCCCGCACCUCGUCCAAUUCCGGUGCCAAUGCAACAUUCACAGGUUACCCAGCCGCAGGCUGCUACUGCAUCUUACCAAAGUGCCGCAAGCACUGCGUCACAGGUCUCUUCAAGCGCAGCUCAGAUGUCGUCAGCUUCUAGCUCGAUGAGUGCUUCUUCAUUUACGGCAAACUACAAUGCUUUCCAAAGCUCGCUAAUUCAACUUUUCGGAUCUUCCAGCUCAUUUAGCUCCAUUAACACUCAAGUAAUCUCUGCAUCUGAUGUAAGAAACGCAAUGAGUAACGUUUUACGCAGUUCAGGAGUUUCCGGUUCAGCAAUUCAAAAUGCGAUGAGUAGAAUAAAUCUGAGUGCUGGAUCAUCGAUCUCAUCUUAUGCGCAAGCUAUUUCUGCGGCAGUAACAUCUGCAGUGCAACAGAGUAAUGUUUUAUCUUCAGGACAAGAGCAGAGCAUGGCAAGUUCGAUCGCAUCACAAAUGAUACAAACUUUGGUUCAACUGUCAGCACAGAGAUCUCGCCCUCCAGCACCUCUUCCAGCUCCUGCCCCAAGACCAGCCCCCAGACCCAUUCCUGCACCUCGACCGAUUCCGAUGCCAAUGCAACAACCGCAGUUCUCGCAGUUGCAAGCUACUGCUGCAUCUUACCAAAGUGCCGCAAGCACUGCAUCACAGGUCUCUUCAAGCGCAGCUCAGACGUCGUCAGCUUCUAGCUCGAUGAGUGCUUCUUCAUACACGGCAAACUACAAUUCUUUCCAAAGCUCGCUAAUUCAACUUUUCGGAUCUUCUAGCUCAUUUACCUCCAUUAACACUCAAGUAAUCUCUGCAUCUGAUGUAAGAAACGCAAUGAGUAGCGUUUUACGCAGUUCAGGAGUUUCCGGUUCAGCCAUUCAAAAUGCUAUGAGUAGAAUAAAUCUGAGUGCUGGAUCAUCGAUCUCAUCUUAUGCUCAAGCUAUUUCUUCGGCAGUAACGUCUGCAGUGCAACAGAGUAAUGUUCUAUCUUCAGGACAAGAGCAGAGCAUGGCAAGUACAAUUGCAUCACAAAUGAUACAAAGUUUGGUUCAACUGUCUGCACAGAGAUCACGGCCAGUUGCAAUCCUUCCAGCUCCUGCUCCUGCUCCGAGACCAGCUCCUCUUCCCAGACCAGCCCCAAGACCCCUUCCAGCACCUCGUCCAAUUCCGGUGCCAAUGCAACAUUCACAGGUUACCCAGCCGCAGGCUGCUACUGCAUCUUACCAAAGUGCCGCAAGCACUGCGUCACAGGUCUCUUCAAGCGCAGCUCAGACGUCGUCAGCUUCUAGCUCGAUGAGUGCUUCUUCAUUUACGGCAAACUACAAUGCUUUCCAAAGCUCGCUAAUUCAACUUUUCGGAUCUUCCAGCUCAUUUAGCUCCAUUAACACUCAAGUAAUCUCUGCAUCUGAUGUAAGAAACGCAAUGAGUAGCAUUUUACGCAGUUCAGGAGUUUCCGGUUCAGCAAUUCAAAAUGCGAUGAGUAGAAUAAAUCUGAGUGCUGGAUCAUCGAUCUCAUCUUAUGCGCAAGCUAUUUCCGCGGCAGUAACAUCUGCAGUGCAACAGAGUAAUGCUUUAUCUUCAGGACAAGAGCAGAGCAUGGCAAGUUCGAUCGCAUCACAAAUGAUACAAACUUUGGUUCAACUGUCAGCACAGAGAUCUCGCCCUCCAGCACCUCUUCCAGCUCCUGCCCCAAGACCAGCCCCCAGACCCAUUCCUGCACCUCGACCGAUUCCGAUGCCAAUGCAACAACCGCAGGUCUCCCAGUUGCAAGCUACUGCUGCAUCUUACCAAAGUGCCGCAAGCACUGCGUCACAGGUCUCUUCAAGCGCAGCUCAGACGUCGUCAGCUUCUAGCUCGAUGAGUGCUUCUUCAUUUACGGCAAACUACAAUGCUUUCCAAAGCUCGCUAAUUCAACUUUUAGGAUCUUCUAGCUCAUUUAGCUCCAUUAACACUCAAGUAAUCUCUGCAUCUGAUGUAAGAAACGCAAUGAGUAGCGUUUUACGCAGUUCAGGAGUUUCCGGUUCAGCCAUUCAAAAUGCUAUGAGUAGAAUAAAUCUGAGUGCUGGAUCAUCGAUCUCAUCUUAUGCUCAAGCUAUUUCUUCGGCAGUAACGUCUGCAGUGCAACAGAGUAAUGUUCUAUCUUCAGGACAAGAGCAGAGCAUGGCAAGUACAAUUGCAUCACAAAUGAUACAAAGUUUGGUUCAACUGUCUGCACAGAGAUCACGGCCAGUUGCACCCCUUCCAGCUCCUGCUCCUGCUCCGAGACCAGCUCCUCUUCCCAGACCAGCCCCAAGACCCCUUCCAGCACCUCGUCCAAUUCCGGUGCCAAUGCAACAUUCACAGGUUACCCAGCCGCAGGCUGCUACUGCAUCUUACCAAAGUGCCGCAAGCACUGCGUCACAGGUCUCUUCAAGCGCAGCUCAGACGUCGUCAGCUUCUAGCUCGAUGAGUGCUUCUUCAUUUACGGCAAACUACAAUGCUUUCCAAAGCUCGCUAAUUCAACUUUUCGGAUCUUCCAGCUCAUUUAGCUCCAUUAACACUCAAGUAAUCUCUGCAUCUGAUGUAAGAAACGCAAUGAGUAGCAUUUUACGCAGUUCAGGAGUUUCCGGUUCAGCAAUUCAAAAUGCGAUGAGUAGAAUAAAUCUGAGUGCUGGAUCAUCGAUCUCAUCUUAUGCGCAAGCUAUUUCCGCGGCAGUAACAUCUGCAGUGCAACAGAGUAAUGUUUUAUCUUCAGGACAAGAGCAGAGCAUGGCAAGUUCGAUCGCAUCACAAAUGAUACAAACUUUGGUUCAACUGUCAGCACAGAGAUCUCGCCCUCCAGCACCUCUUCCAGCCCCUGCCCCAAGACCAGCCCCCAGACCCAUUCCUGCACCUCGACCGAUUCCGAUGCCAAUGCAACAACCGCAGGUCUCCCAGUUGCAAGCUACUGCUGCAUCUUACCAAAGUGCCGCAAGCACUGCGUCACAGGUCUCUUCAAGCGCAGCUCAGACGUCGUCAGCUUCUAGCUCGAUGAGUGCUUCUUCAUUUACGGCAAACUACAAUGCUUUCCAAAGCUCGCUAAUUCAACUUUUCGGAUCUUCCAGCUCAUUUAGCUCCAUUAACACUCAAGUAAUCUCUGCAUCUGAUGUAAGAAACGCAAUGAGUAGCAUUUUACGCAGUUCAGGAGUUUCCGGUUCAGCAAUUCAAAAUGCGAUGAGUAGAAUAAAUCUGAGUGCUGGAUCAUCGAUCUCAUCUUAUGCGCAAGCUAUUUCCGCGGCAGUAACAUCUGCAGUGCAACAGAGUAAUGUUUUAUCUUCAGGACAAGAGCAGAGCAUGGCAAGUUCGAUCGCAUCACAAAUGAUACAAACUUUGGUUCAACUGUCAGCACAGAGAUCUCGCCCUCCAGCACCUCUUCCAACUCCGGCCCCAAGACCAGCCCCCAGACCCAUUCCUGCACCUCGACCGAUUCCGAUGCCAAUGCAACAACCGCAGAUCUCCCAGUUGCAAGCUACUGCUGCAUCUUACCAAAGUGCCGCAAGCACUGCAUCACAGGUCUCUUCAAGCGCAGCUCAGACGUCGUCAGCUUCUAGCUCGAUGAGUGCUUCUUCAUUUACGGCAAACUACAAUGCUUUCCAAAGCUCGCUAAUUCAACUUUUAGGAUCUUCUAGCUCAUUUAGCUCCAUUAACACUCAAGUAAUCUCUGCAUCUGAUGUAAGAAACGCAAUGAGUAGCGUUUUACGCAGUUCAGGAGUUUCCGGUUCAGCCAUUCAAAAUGCUAUGAGUAGAAUAAAUCUGAGUGCUGGAUCAUCGAUCUCAUCUUAUGCUCAAGCUAUUUCUUCGGCAGUAACGUCUGCAGUGCAACAGAGUAAUGUUCUAUCUUCAGGACAAGAGCAGAGCAUGGCAAGUACAAUUGCAUCACAAAUGAUACAAAGUUUGGUUCAACUGUCUGCACAGAGAUCACGGCCAGUUGCACCCCUUCCAGCUCCUGCUCCUGCUCCGAGACCAGCUCCUCUUCCCAGACCAGCCCCAAGACCCCUUCCAGCACCUCGUCCAAUUCCGGUGCCAAUGCAACAUUCACAGGUUACCCAGCCGCAGGCUGCUACUGCAUCUUACCAAAGUGCCGCAAGCACUGCGUCACAGGUCUCUUCAAGCGCAGCUCAGACGUCGUCAGCUUCUAGCUCGAUGAGUGCUUCUUCAUUUACGGCAAACUACAAUGCUUUCCAAAGCUCGCUAAUUCAACUUUUCGGAUCUUCCAGCUCAUUUAGCUCCAUUAACACUCAAGUAAUCUCUGCAUCUGAUGUAAGAAACGCAAUGAGUAGCAUUUUACGCAGUUCAGGAGUUUCCGGUUCAGCAAUUCAAAAUGCGAUGAGUAGAAUAAAUCUGAGUGCUGGAUCAUCGAUCUCAUCUUAUGCGCAAGCUAUUUCCGCGGCAGUAACAUCUGCAGUGCAACAGAGUAAUGUUUUAUCUUCAGGACAAGAGCAGAGCAUGGCAAGUUCGAUCGCAUCACAAAUGAUACAAACUUUGGUUCAACUGUCAGCACAGAGAUCUCGCCCUCCAGCACCUCUUCCAGCUCCUGCCCCAAGACCAGCCCCCAGACCCAUUCCUGCACCUCGACCGAUUCCGAUGCCAAUGCAACAACCGCAGGUCUCCCAGUUGCAAGCUACUGCUGCAUCUUACCAAAGUGCCGCAAGCACUGCGUCACAGGUCUCUUCAAGCGCAGCUCAGACGUCGUCAGCUUCUAGCUCGAUGAGUGCUUCUUCAUUUACGGCAAACUACAAUGCUUUCCAAAGCUCGCUAAUUCAACUUUUCGGAUCUUCCAGCUCAUUUAGCUCCAUUAACACUCAAGUAAUCUCUGCAUCUGAUGUAAGAAACGCAAUGAGUAGCGUUUUACGCAGUUCAGGAGUUUCCGGUUCAGCCAUUCAAAAUGCUAUGAGUAGAAUAAAUCUGAGUGCUGGAUCAUCGAUCUCAUCUUAUGCUCAAGCUAUUUCUUCGGCAGUAACGUCUGCAGUGCAACAGAGUAAUGUUCUAUCUUCAGGACAAGAGCAGAGCAUGGCAAGUACAAUUGCAUCACAAAUGAUACAAAGUUUGGUUCAACUGUCUGCACAGAGAUCACAACCAGUUGCGCCCCUUCCAGCUCCUGCUCCUGCUCCAAGACCAGCUCCUCUUCCCAGACCAGCACCAAGACCCCUUCCAGCACCUCGUCCAAUUCCGGUGCCAAUGCAACAUUCACAGGUUACACAGCCGCAGGCUGCUACUGCAUCUUACCAAAGUGCCGCAAGCACUGCGUCACAGGUUUCUUCGAGCGCAGCUCAGACGUCGUCAGCUUCUAGCUCGAUGAGUGCUUCUUCAUUUACGGCAAACUACAAUGCUUUCCAAAGCUCGCUAAUUCAACUUUUCGGAUCUUCCAGCUCAUUUAGCUCCAUUAACACUCAAGUAAUCUCUGCAUCUGAUGUAAGAAACGCAAUGAGUAGCAUUUUACGCAGUUCAGGAGUUUCCGGUUCAGCAAUUCAAAAUGCGAUGAGUAGAAUAAAUCUGAGUGCUGGAUCAUCGAUCUCAUCUUAUGCGCAAGCUAUUUCCGCGGCAGUAACAUCUGCAGUGCAACAGAGUAAUGUUUUAUCUUCAGGACAAGAGCAGAGCAUGGCAAGUUCGAUCGCAUCACAAAUGAUACAAACUUUGGUUCAACUGUCAGCACAGAGAUCUCGCCCUCCAGCACCUCUUCCAGCUCCGGCCCCAAGACCAGCCCCCAGACCCAUUCCUGCACCUCGACCGAUUCCGAUGCCAAUGCAACAACCGCAGGUCUCCCAGUUGCAAACUACUGCUGCAUCUUACCAAAGUGCCGCAAGCACUGCAUCACAGGUCUCUUCAAGCGCAGCUCAGACGUCGUCAGCUUCUAGCUCGAUGAGUGCUUCUUCAUACACGGCAAACUACAAUUCUUUCCAAAGCUCGCUAAUUCAACAUUUCGGAUCUUCUAGCUCAUUUAGCUCCAUUAACACUCAAGUAAUCUCUGCAUCUGAUGUAAGAAACGCAAUGAGUAGCGUUUUACGCAGUUCAGGAGUUUCCGGUUCAGCCAUUCAAAAUGCUAUGAGUAGAAUAAAUCUCAGUGCUGGAUCAUCGAUCUCAUCUUAUGCUCAAGCUAUUUCUUCGGCAGUAACGUCUGCAGUGCAACAGAGUAAUGUUCUAUCUUCAGGACAAGAGCAGAGCAUGGCAAGUACAAUUGCAUCACAAAUGAUACAAAGUUUGGUUCAACUGUCUGCACAGAGAUCACAACCAGUUGCGCCCCUUCCAGCUCCUGCUCCUGCUCCAAGACCAGCUCCUCUUCCCAGACCAGCACCAAGACCCCUUCCCGCACCUCGUCCAAUACCGGUGCCAAUGCAACAUUCACAGGUUACACAGCCGCAGGCUGCUACUGCAUCUUACCAAAGUGCCGCAAGCACUGCGUCACAGGUCUCUUCAAGCGCAGCUCAGACGUCGUCAGCUUCUAGCUCGAUGAGUGCUUCUUCAUUUACGGCAAACUACAAUGCUUUCCAAAGCUCGCUAAUUCAACUUUUCGGAUCUUCCAGCUCAUUUAGCUCAAUUAACACUCAAGUAAUCUCUGCAUCUGAUGUAAGAAACGCAAUGAGUAGCGUUUUACGCAGUUCAGGAGUUUCCGGUUCAGCCAUUCAAAAUGCGAUGAGUAGAAUAAAUCUGAGAGCUGGAUCAUCGAUCUCAUCUUAUGCGCAAGCUAUUUCUUCGGCAGUAACAUCUGCAGUGCAACAGAGUAAUGUUCUAUCUUCAGGACAAGAGCAGAGCAUGGCAAGUACAAUUGCAUCACAAAUGAUACAAAGUUUGGUUCAACUGUCUGCACAGAGAUCACGGCCAGUUGCACCUCUUCCAUCUCCUGCUCCGAGACCAGCUCCUCUUCCCAGACCAGCCACAAGACCCCUUCCAGCACCUCGUCCAAUUCCGGUGCAAAUGCAACAUUCACAGGUUACCCAGCCGCAGGCUGCUACUGCAUCUUACCAAAGUGCCGCAAGCACUGCGUCACAGGUUUCUUCAAGCGCAGCUCAGACGUCGUCAGCUUCUAGCUCGAUGAGUGCUUCUUCAUUUACGGCAAACUACAAUGCUUUCCAAAGCUCGCUAAUUCAACUUUUCGGAUCUUCCAGCUCAUUUAGCUCCAUUAACACUCAAGUAAUCUCUGCAUCUGAUGUAAGAAACGCAAUGAGUAGCAUUUUACGCAGUUCAGGAGUUUCCGGUUCAGCAAUUCAAAAUGCGAUGAGUAGAAUAAAUCUGAGUGCUGGAUCAUCGAUCUCAUCUUAUGCGCAAGCUAUUUCCGCGGCAGUAACAUCUGCAGUGCAACAGAGUAAUGUUUUAUCUUCAGGACAAGAGCAGAGCAUGGCAAGUACAAUUGCAUCACAAAUGAUACAAAGUUUGGUUCAACUGUCUGCACAGAGAUCACAACCAGUUGCGCCCCUUCCAGCUCCUGCUCCUGCUCCAAGACCAGCUCCUCUUCCCACACCAGCCCCAAGACCCCCUCCCGCACCUCGUCCAAUACCGGUGCCAAUGCAACAUUCACAGGUUACACAGCCGCAGGCUGCUACUGCAUCUUACCAAAGUGCCGCAAGCACUGCGUCACAGGUCUCUUCAAGCGCAGCUCAGACGUCGUCAGCUUCUAGCUCGAUGAGUUCUUCUUCAUUUACGGCAAACUACAAUGCUUUCCAAAGCUCGCUAAUUCAACUUUUCGGAUCUUCCAGCUCAUUUAGCUCAAUUAACACUCAAGUAAUCUCUGCAUCUGAUGUAAGAAACGCAAUGAGUAGCGUUUUACGCAGUUCAGGAGUUUCCGGUUCAGCCAUUCAAAAUGCGAUGAGUAGAAUAAAUCUGAGAGCUGGAUCAUCGAUCUCAUCUUAUGCGCAAGCUAUUUCUUCGGCAGUAACAUCUGCAGUGCAACAGAGUAAUGUUCUAUCUUCAGGACAAGAGCAGAGCAUGGCAAGUACAAUUGCAUCACAAAUGAUACAAAGUUUGGUUCAACUGUCUGCACAGAGAUCACGGCCAGUUGCACCUCUUCCAUCUCCUGCUCCGAGACCAGCUCCUCUUCCCAGACCAGCCCCUCUUCCGAGACCAGCCCCCGGACCCCUUCCCGCACCUCGUCCAAUUUCGGUGCCAAUGCAACAGUCACAGGUUACCCAGUCGCAGGAGGCUACGGCAUCUUACCAAAGUGCCGCAAGCACUGCAUCAGAGGUCUCCUCAAGCGCAGCUCAGACGUCGUCAGCUUCUAGCUCGAUGAGCGCUUCUUCAUACACGGCAAACUACAAUUCUUUCCAAAGCUCGCUAAUUAGACUCUUUGGGUCUUCCAGCUCAUUUAGCUCCAUUAACACUCAAACAAUCUCGGCAUCUGAUGUGAGAAACGUAAUGAGUAGCGCUUUAAGCAGUUCAGGAGUUUCAGGCUCAGCCAUUGAAAACGCAAUGAGUAGAAUAAAUCUGAGUGAAGGAUCAUCGAUCUCAUCUUAUGCUCAAGCUAUUUCUUCGGCAGUAACGUCUGCAGUGCAACAAAGUAAUAUUCUAUCUUCAGGGCAAGAGCAAAGUAUGGCAAGUUCAAUUGCAUCGCAAAUUAUACAAAGUUUGGUUCAAAUAUCAAAGCAAAGGGUACAACAGACUCAAUCUCAACAAUCACUGUUUGCCGCAUUGUCACAGCAGGACACGGCUUCUUCUGCGACAGAAGCAUCACAGUUUUCUGCUCAAAGUGCUUUUGCAUCAAGUUCAGCCUCUCAGAGUGAAUAUAACCAACUUUCUGCGACAUCACAAAACACUGAAACUUCAGCUCAGUUGUCUACACAAAAUUCUUAUGCCUCUAAUAAUGAAUUUGCUCAAAAUUCUUUUGCAUCCGAUGAUGUAUCUGCCCAAAAUUCCUAUGUGUCUAGCAAUGUAGCUGCAGAAAAUUCUUAUGCAUCUAGUAAUGUAGAGCAAGCAGUACAAUCUGAAUCAGCUGCAACAGCGUCUUUCGAAAGUGGCGUAUCAUCAGCCGCUUCUGAUUACUCAACUCAAAGUGUUGCUGCAGAUUCGAGUUCCCUUUCAUCUGCCAGCUCUGGAUUUGUCUCUGGUAACGCAGGAUAUGCUAGCUCUGUAUCAUCCACUCAAAGCAGCGGAACGUUAUCAGGUGCCGCAUCUAAGUUAAUGUCCCCAGCCGCGUCAGCACGUGUGUCGCAACUGAGUGGAGCCUUAUCUUCUAUGCUAGCUUCGGGCAGCUUAAAUGCGUCGGCUUUAUCAAGCACGGUUGCAAACGCCAUUUCUGCACUACAAGCCAGUUCCAAUCUGUCGAAAGCUGAAAUCGUUGCAGAAGCUAUGAUGGAGACAAUGGUUGCUGUGGCUUCUGCUGCUAGUGGAUGUGAUGGAAGCUCCUUCGCAUCAGAGUUCGCUGCUGCUAUGGCCAGUGUUUAAGUAAAAUUAUUACAUUUUACCGAAAUGUCCACUUUUAAUGAUAUUUGUCGGUGUUGGUAACAUACGCAUAGUGAAAAAAGAAAAAAAAAAAAGAUUCAUUGUUAAAUAAACUAUACUGAAUAUUGGG